CAUUGACAGUGACAACUAGAAGUAGGUUAAGUUAGAAAAUGGAAAACUAUUAAAAAACAUAAAAUAAUACCGUUUAUGUAUAAAAAAUAUGUGAAAUGAGCGAAGUUGAUGUAUUUAUUAGUAACUAUACGUUAGUAGAUCCCGAAAUUUACCAAUUAUGGGUAGACGGACACUCAGCUAGUGAAGCUGUAACUAUUUUAAAUAAUAAAGGAUUGGGUCAGCAAACCGGAGCUUCAAUAGAACUAAUAGCUAGCGAUGUAUUAGACCAUUACAGAACUUAUUCUUUAUUGGAAAAAUUAUUGGGUAAUCCAAGUAAACUACAAGAACAAUUUUUAUUUCAAAUUGAUCCCCAAACUCGCCUGUUUCUAAUUGAAAAGUAUUAUGAAUUUGAUGAUGAGGUAAUCAGGGAAGUGCUAGGCAAAAAAUUGUCAUCAAAAAACAGGAAAGAUUUGGAUGAAGUGGCGGAGAAAACUGGCAAACCAUUAAAAUCGUGUAGAAGACAAUUCGAUAAUGUUAAAAGAAUUUUCAAAGCUGUGGAAGAACUUCCUGGUAUAACAACAGAUAAUAUUAAAAAUAUAUUUUAUUUGCCUGAUGAACUUGUUAAAAAAUAUACUUGCAUAGCUUUUACGUCUUGUAUGCGAUUCGAAACGUCGAAGAAGAAAGUUCAGCACAUGUCAUUUAAUAGUUUUAGAAGUUGUUGUGAAGCUAUGAUCGAAAAUUGGACCUACAAUCUUCCAGGUACUGAAUAUAAUGAUUUAGAAAUGGAUAGGGAAUUCUUAUUUGAAUUGAGAGAUUUAAAGAUUCUUAUGGAUAGAGAUCGUGAACAUAAACAUUUACUUCUGGUACAUUUAAAACCAAAAUUAUUGCAAAAAAGUUAUAUAGAUUUGGAAUCAAACUUUAAACUGUACAAUAGAGCGAUAUUGACUUUAGCAAUGACUUUGCAUAGAUCGAGGGAUAUGAAAAACUUUUUUGUCGAUCUUUCGCAGAUAGUUGAUUAUUUUAAACAAGGUUUUUGGACGAAACAUGAUUUUGAGCAGUUCUUGUUAGCCUAUGCUCAACUAGCUGGAGAAAUUGAUCCUUUGAGGAGCAGUUCCACUUUUAAAUACAGUUGGGAAAAAUUUAUGAAAGUUAUUACUAAAUGUUUGUUGAUUAUGUACAGUUAAUUUUAUUAAAAAAAAUAGCUAGUCUCUCUA